ACCGUUAUAUAUCAGCAGAUGCUUAAAAAAAUAGAAACCGAACGGCAGCAGAAGUUACUUGAAAAUUUGGCAAAUAUGAAAUGGAAAAAAGUAAUACGGCAGGCACAAAUACGCAAAAAGCAGGAAGAUAAAUAUCGUCAAAAACAGAAAUUAUUUCGUAGAAAACACGUUGAAACGAUUAAACGAACAGAUGCGAUAGUAAAAUCUAAUUGUGAUAGCAUCCAUGAAGCACAAAUUAUCAAUGAAUGUGUUUUGUAUACGCCGAAAAAUCAAAAAGAAAUAAAAUUAGAUAAAGAAAAGAGAAUCGCAUCGAAUAUUAUGCAGGAAUCAAAACUGAAUAGUGCAGCAAGUAACGGUCGAAAGAAUAAAACAGUUUUGAUGGAGGAUUCUAUGGAAAACAUUAAAUUCUAUUUUUGGUUAAAUCAAUUGAAUUGUGCUCUUCAUAAGAAGUAUUUACGCGAACGCCGACAUCUUGUACGAUCAUUUUAUUGUCAACCUUUCUAUUAUGGGAGUGCAACACCUUAUAUCAAAUAAUUAUGAUUAUAAACGCAUAUUUCAAAUCUUUUAUGUCAUUCGUCUAUGGAAAAUGUACUGGUGAAAUUACAUAUAAAACUUCAAA